GUUCAUUUUGAGAACCUUGGCCACCAAGAGCCAAGUUACAAACUUUUUUGUUACAUUACGAACGUUGAACUCGAUAUCGAGUUUAAACUUUGGGUGAAGUGAGGCUCUCACAAAAAUAUAAACAGACCUGUCCUAUCUCAUAUAAGUUUUUUAAUAUAAUUAAAAAGUUAAUUCAAGUUUUAUUAUAACUUUAAAAAUUGUUCUUAUCAAUUUUAGUGAAGUUUUAAACAUGUAUAAUAUGAUUGAAUUUUAAAUAUUUUUGUAAAAGUUUCGAGGCAGUAAAAUUAAAAUGAAAAAGCAAUUUUUGAGAGUUAAACAAAUUGCUGAUCAAACAUUUUUACGGGCUGAGAAGACUGAUGUUUUGACUGAAGACCUGUUGACUGCUGAGAAGCGGGUGGAUUCCAUUAAAUUGUCUUGCCAGUCCACUCACAAAAAGAUUAUUUCUACUCAAAUUGAUUUUGGGUCUGAAACUUCUUUGGAAAAACGUUUGAGAAAAAUUCCCCAAGUGAGUCUUGGUGCCUCCAUGUUGGAAAGUGGCAAUUCUUUCUCUAAGACAUCUGCUUUAGGAGACACACUGAAAGAAUGUGCUACAGUACAAAGUAAACUGGGUGCUGAACUUUUAGAAUACUGCAAUGAAGUGGAGAAACUCAUUUUAAAGCCUAUUGCUGGUGUUUUAGAUAAUGAGAUCCAUAAUAUUACUAAGUUAAGGAAACAGCUUGGAAAAUUAGUGCUGGAUAUGGACUCUGCACGUACUAGGUUUCAAACUGCAGAGAGACAUAGUUUGCAGGCAUCAUGCAAUACCAAUCUUAAUGUUGUUGGAAAGGUAGACACCCUAAAAGAAGAACUAGAAGAUGCAUCACAGAAAGUUGAACAGUGCAGGGAUGCAUUGGCAGUUGAAAUGUUUAGUCUGAUUAGUAGAGAGCCACAAUUGGCACAAUUAUUGAUUCAAUUUCAUCAGCUGCAGGCUACCUACCACAGAAAUGCCCUUGCUGUUCUAGAAAUGUCUCUCCCUUCCCUUCAGAGUGUCAUACUUGAUUUUCCACAGAAGCCUGUUUAUGGUUGCCCACUGGAAGAACACUUGAGAGUGACGAAUAGAGACAUCGCUCAUGUUUUAGAAAGUUGCAUAUCUUUCCUUGUAGAGUAUGGACUUUUAGAGGAGGGGUUGCUCCGUAUAGCUGGAAGUUCAAUAAAAUUGAAGAAAAUCAAGAGUUCUUUUGAUGCUGGCCAGGAUAUUGACUUCACCGAAUUUAUACGGGAUCCUCAUGCUGUUUCUGGUGCUUUGAAAUCUUACUUAAGAGAACUUCCUGAACCUUUGAUGUCUGCAUCUCUUUAUGAUGAAUGGUUGGCUGCAAUAAAAAUUCAAGAUUUGGACUCUAAGUUAAAAGCUCUCUGGCAAGUCCUGCACAGAUUACCAGAAGCAAAUUAUAGAAAUUUAAGGUAUGUGAUACAAUUUCUGUCUAAAGUUCAUGAAAAUGUGGAUGUGAACAAAAUGUCCUCUCAAAAUCUUGCAAUUAUCAUGGCUCCCAAUCUAAUUUGGUCCCCAUUGUCCUCUGAUGACGGACCAACUCUUGGAAUGAACAUGUCUAUUGCUAGUCUUCACACAUCAAUAGUUGAUGUUCUCAUCUCAUAUGCUCCAUGGUUUUUUCCACCAGAUGAAAGUGAAAAGACAAAAAAUAUAAAUGAAGAUGAAGUGCCUUUUGAAGAAGUGAAUGGAAAUAAUUCCUCGAAUAGCGUCCAAAGGGAUCCUACAGCCAGUCCUUGUUUGCUUCCCAAGACAGUGAAAAAACCUGCAGCUCCACCUCCUCCACUACAAAAAAGUAGUGAUGAAAACGUAGACAUUUCCAAGGAGAAAACGGCAGCAUUGAUAGAUUUAAAUUGUGAAGACUCUUCUUCAAAAAUCAUCCAUUCCACCACAACUGAAAAACCAGCUAUCCCUGAAAAGCCAGAUUACUCAUCUUUAUCCCUGGAUCGAAGGUGUCUCAGACCCUCUUCCAAAGGUCAGUAUAACAGAGAUGCCCGCAGUCACAUAGAACGUCCAACAGUGCCUCCACCGGAACGUCCAGCAAAGCCCCAAAAAUUUUGUUCCAGUACUGACAGCAUUUUUCAUGCCGAGGAACAGCCGGACUGCUCCCUCGAAGAUGUGACCAAAGAUGAACAGAAUUCUGUAUCAAAGACUAACCGCUUUGACUUUUUAAUGAAUCAAAAAGAAGAAGACAAGCCACCCGAAAGACCUCCUCGAUCUACAGGAGCUCCUGAAGGAACACAACAAGGAAUCUGUGAUCCUGUGACUCAAAAAGAAACCUGUGAUCCUGUUACUGAAAAAGUCAAACCUGCCAGGCCUCAGCCACCUGUCAAACCAAAAUUUCCUCUUCAGAAUGAGAAUACUAAUUUAUGAGUAUAGUCCUUGCAAUAUCUCUACAUAUCAGGUGUGCUAGCUCAUUUGGAUAUAAUCUCAACAAAAAAAAAAUUCCAUUCUGUCUGGAUAGUGUUUCAUUCAUCCAUAAAAAGUAUAAUGUUACACUCUUGACAAAGUUAUGAUCUGUUCAUCAUGCUGAAAACUAUCAUUUACCAGCAUGAAUGAAAAAACAACGAAAGCGAUUGUCACAUCCAAAAGUUAGUCAAUAAAUUGCAUAAACAAAGAACGUUGAUGCUAAAGCAUGAUAAAUGAAAAAGCAAAUGUCUGAAGUCCAUUGUAGGAAAAAAUCAUGUAAAGUUGCAUUUGCCAGAGAUGAUGUUACAUGAAAAGAUGUUACAGAAUUGUAUGUUUUGUUGUAAAUUGUAUGACUGUGAAUCAAUUGAUAGUGAUUAAAAAAUUAAUUACACUUGUUUAAUAUGUAAAUAGCUUAGAAAUUAGAUGUGAUAUAGAGUAGAUACAGCUAAUAUAAAAUGAUACUGUGAUAUGUUGUUGUAAAAGCAAGCAUACUGAAACAAUGAUUUAACCUGCUGAAGUAUUAUUAAACUUAUAGCAUUU